AUGACGGUGCAACGAGACGAGCGCGACGCGCGCGCUCCUCGCACACGCUUCAUGAUUACGGAUAUACUUGACGCACCUACCAGGGACCUCAGCGUGCACAGAGACUCAGACUCUGAUAGAUCAGCUACAGAUUCACCAGGUGUGAAGGAUGAUUCAGACGACGUGUCAAGUAAAAGUUGCGGUGGAGAUUCAUCAGGGUUGGCCAAGAAGCAGCGAAAAGCGCGAACAGCGUUCACGGACCACCAGCUGCAAACUUUAGAAAAGUCUUUCGAGAGACAGAAGUACCUUAGCGUCCAAGAUCGAAUGGAGCUGGCCGCUAAACUAGGACUAACGGAUACUCAGGUCAAAACCUGGUAUCAGAAUAGAAGAACAAAAUGGAAAAGGCAGACGGCUGUAGGUUUGGAACUACUAGCGGAAGCUGGUAACUACGCAGCAUUCCAGCGGUUAUAUGGUGGCUACUGGCCUGGUGUACCAGCGUACCCUGCCCAGCCUGCACCAGCUGCUGACCUGUAUUAUCGACAAGCUGCUGCAACAGCUGCUGCCGCCGCUACAGCUACUGCUAAUACAUUGCAGAAGCCAUUGCCUUAUCGGUUAUAUCCAGGCGCGCCCUUAGGCGGUGUACCACCUCUGGGACUUGGACUACCAGGUCCGUCUGCGCAUCUGGGUGGGCUUGGUGCUCCGGCGCUGGGGGCUCUAGGGUACUACGCGCAUGCACGGCGUUCUCCUUCGCCUGAUCUCGAUCCUGGCAGCCCAGCGCCUCCGCACCGCUCUUCUCCUCAUACCCCUCACACUCCACACACACCUGUGGAUAGACCUUCUGACGACGACGAUGAUGAACCCAUACACGUCUAA